AUCAUUUUCCCAUAUGAGGAAUUUGGGUUUGGUUCCGAAUUCUUUCACCAUAGUUGGUCUUCUUGGUGGCAAUCUAGUACCACAUUUAGUUCAUGGACUGACUGUCAAGUGUGGUUUGGAGUCUGAUUCCAUUGUAGGCACUGCAUUAUUAGAUAGAUAUGCAAGGUGUGGGAAAGUUUUUUAUUCUUAUAAAUUAUUUGAGAGACUGGAUGAUCCGAGUUUAGUUUCGUGCAACGCGAUUAUUACUGGGUUUGUAUGUAAUGAACUAUUUGAAGAGGCUAUCUCAUUGUUUAAUCGGUUUAGAAAGCUUGGCCUGGUACCUGAUGUUGCAACAACAUUGACACUUAUCCAGGCUUCUGUUACUUUUGGGUGGAAAGGGCUUUCUGAGUCUAUCCAUGGUUUACUUGUGAAGUUGGAUCUCAUUUCUGAUGUAUCUGUUAGUAAUGCAAUUCUUGAUAUGUAUUCAAGUUUGACAGAUUUAAGAGCAGCAAGAAAGAUCUUUGACAUAAUGAAGUCUCGAGACGUUAUCAGUUGGACAACUAUGAUGGGUCUCUUAGUUCGACUUGAUUGUGCUCGUGAUGCUUUAGAGCUCUUUAGCAAAAUGAGAGAUAGUGGAAUCAGUUGUGACACAGUAGUCUAUAUGAAUCUAUGUUCCACCUGUGUAAUCCUGGGAGAUUUGAAGAAAGGCAAACAAGUCCAUGCUCAAGCUGUUACUUGCGGGUUUGGAUCAAAGCUUGCUUUCACAAAUUCUCUUAUUUCGAUGUACGCCAAGUGCGGCGAUUUACGUUCCUCGAGUGCUCUUUUUCACCAAACAACUUGGAAGAGUUUGGUAUCAUAUACAGCGAUGAUUUCAGCCUAUUUGCAAAAUGGAUGCCCUAAGGAGGCUUUGAAUCUCUGGACUAAAGUAAGACUGGAAGAGAACUUCAGACUUGAUUCAGUAAUGGUGAUCAGUGGCUUAACUGCUUCAGGAGAACUUGUUGCUUUAGAGCUCUGCCGGCAGCUCCACUGCUAUGCUUUUCAAGUGGGUUUGCCUCGAUAUAGAUCAGUCCAAAAUAGUCUCAUAUCAACAUACUCUAAAUGUGGUGAUAUGAAACUUGCUCGAGAUGUUUUCAAGGAAAUGGGCGACCUUCGCAAUAUAGUAUCUUGGAAUGCAAUCCUGAACGGAUGUGGCAUAAACGGCUACGGAGAAACUGCUCUAGCUCUCUUCAAUGAGAUGACGAAUUAUGGAGAAGAUCCCGAUAGUACGACCUACCUCUGCGUUUUGAAUGCUUGUAGUCAUGCAGGCUUGGUAGAUGAUGGUUUGAUGAUACUUCAUCAAAUGGUGGAAGAGAAUAAAGUGAAGCUAAGUGAAGAGCAUUAUGGAUGUGUAGUUGACUUACUUGCCCGAGCCGGGUGCUUGCCGGAUGCAAGUGGGGUUGCCAUAAAAUUAGUGGAAUCUGCAGGUCCAAAUGCUUGGAGGGCUUUGCUUAGUGGAUGUCUGCUUCACGGUAACGUUGACCUUGCAGAAUAUGCUGCGAGAAGGGUGUUUGAGAAAGACCCUGAUAAAUCUGGUCAAGUUGUGCUUCUCUCAAAUAUAUAUGCAUCAGUUGGGAGGUUUCAUGAUGCUGAAGUAUUGAGGCAGAGUCUGACGAAGAGUGGAUUGACCAAAAAUCCAGGGAUUAGCUUCCUCAAUGGAAUUCCUUGCGACUUUGGCUGAGAAUCUCUUUUAACGCCGGGUAAUCUUGACAA